AUGCACCGUCGGGGUCGAAAGGGCCGCAGUGACUUGUCGAGUCAAGAUUACGUUUACAAGCAAUGUCGCAAACGCACAUUCUGGACAGCCUACAUACUAGAAAAGUACCUCGGGGUCGUGACGGGCCGACCAAGACACUUCCAUGAUGACGACCUCGACCAGGACUACCCUGACGGCGUCAAUGAUGCAGACAUGUCGAUGGACGGGCGCGGGUCACACGAUGACAGCAACGACUGCGCCAUUGAUGCUUUCGCGUGCAAUGUAAAGCUCUCGCGCAUAGUUGGCCGCGUUUCUCACGAGCUUUAUAGCAUCAAAGCCAAACCUGGCAACCAACGAAGAGAUGCGACGCUCCGCCUUGCGCAGGAGUUAGAGAACUGGCACGCAAACCUGCCGCCGUUCCUAAGCACGGUCAAGCCCUCGACGCUGAUCAGGAGCUUCCGACGCCAAGCCAUCGCACUGAAAGUAGCAUACUGUCAUGCUGUAAUGCACCUUUACCGUUCUUUCCUUCUAAACCACUGGACAUCCCAGCCUCACUCAGACUCUGGUACAUUACGAGCCGACGCCAUCCGACACUGCAUCAUGGCGGCCCAGCAAGCCUUGCGCACCGUGGACUCCAUUGCUAAAGAGGGCCUUAUCUUCCGUGCGUUUUGGUGGACCCAUUGCGUGACCUUUUGCGCCCUCGCAGUGGUCUGCGUUUGGAAGAUCCAGCAGGACAAACACCAGGAUGAUAUCCCUGGAAUAGUGCACGAGAGACUUUUCCAACUCCCCGAACGAUGUCACAUCCACCUUGAUCAAGCAACAGCCAUGAACUCUCCGAGCCGGAGAUAUAGUGUCAUUCUGGAGGAGCUGAGAGUUGAGGCCCGAGCCAGCAAUGCCACUGUGUCGAACACGCAGUCCACCCAGGUGGGUCUGGAACAAGAUCUGGACCUGGCGUCCAAUGAGAUUCAUUGCCCGAUCAACGAACCCAGCACCAUGGGACAACUCGUUGGAAGCACGACUGGCAACAACCUUGCGGCUCCAUUUGGUGACUCCUUUGUUCACUGGCAGCCUUCAGACUGGCUGGAUCUCGAUGCAUUUGUAAGUUAUUGUCGUGUUGGCUUUUACGAUUAUCAAACUAAAACGGAAGCUUCAUAG